GGCAUCACUGUAACAGAUAACAAGGUAAACAAUUCGUGGGAAUUCGUACUGCACAUGUAAAUAUUCCAGAAUCUAAAACCAAAAAUUAGCCAAAAUCAACCAUGAAUCGGCGGUUGCCGAUAAAAUUGAGUGAGCUUUCCGAACUAUUUCGUACAAAAACAUUGGAUCCCCUAUCGGUAACCGAAAAUGCCCUCGCUCUGGCAGACCGGUUGCGGAAUCUGAACGCUUUUUCUAGAAUUUGUAGCUCCAGUGCACUCCAGCAAGCGAAAGAAUCAAGCCAACGGUAUCGCGAUGGUAAAGGGCUGGGGACAUUGGACGGUGCUCCAAUCGCCGUGAAGGACAAUUUUUGCACUGAAAAUGUACACACAACCUGUGCCUCUCGGAUGUUGGAAAAUUUUGUACCCACCUAUGAUGCGACGGUUUAUGCGAGAUUAAAACAAUGCGGUGCGGUGCUCAUUGGCAAGACAAACAUGGAUCAGUAUGGGAUGGGUUCGGGAACAGUGGAUUCAAUUUUUGGACCUACCAAAAAUUGCUGGAGUGAUAACCUUGAUGGCAAAGAUUUCAGAAUCGCUGGCGGUAGUUCGGGUGGAUCAGCAACUGCAGUUGCGUCCGGAGUUUGCUUUGCGGCACUCGGUUCCGAUACAGGAGGUUCAACACGGAAUCCUGCUUCCUACUGUGGAGUGGUGGGCUUCAAAUCAACCUAUGGGCUGCUCUCCCGACACGGUUUAAUUCCGUUGGUCAACUCAAUGGAUGUCCCAGGUAUUAUUACCAGAACUGUGGAAGAUUGUGUCGCCGUUUUCAAUGCUAUUGCUGGACCAGACGAACGAGACUCGACAACGUUCAAGCCCCCUUUCAAACAAAUUCCUAUUCCAGAAGCAGAUCAAAUUUCUUUGAAAGGACUCAGAAUAGGAAUUCCUAUUGAGUACCACUGCCCAGGUUUGUCCAAUGAAGUUUUAGAAACGUGGACUAAAGUGGCCGAUAUGUUGGAAGAUGCAGGAGCAAUAGUUAAAUCAGUUUCUCUACCGUAUACUUCUGCUUCUAUUUUCGUAUAUUCGAUUCUUAAUCAAUGUGAAGUUAGCAGUAACAUGGCUCGUUAUGACGGUAUAGAGUAUGGCUAUCGAUCAGAUGAGAAUCACAGCACAGAACGGCUUUAUGCUCGGUCACGAGCAAAAGGUUUUAAUAGCGUCGUUAAAAAUCGAAUUCUCGCCGGUAACUUUUUCCUUCUGCGAAAAAACUACGACAAAUAUUUUCAAAAAGCACUCAAAGUUAGACGACUAAUAGCAGAGGACUUCACACGCGCCUUCCGUUCGGUGGAUAUCAUCCUCAGCCCAACCACGCUCAGUACAGCGCCACGAUACGACGAAUUCGUCCGCAGUAAUAACAGAGACCAGUGUGCCGUACAGGACUUCUGUACGCAGCCUGCCAACAUGGGUGGAGUUCCUGCUCUCUCCUUACCAGUACGGUUAUCUACUGAAGACAAAUUACCGAUCAGUUUGCAGUUGACUGCACCAAGCUUCUCCGAGCAAAAUUUGUUCAAAGUCGCCAGUUGGAUAGAGAAUGAGGUUCAAUUCUAUCGCCACUAUGCUUAUAGUUAAAUUGUAUUUUAUAACUAGUCAAUAAAUUAUAAAUUUAGUACUAUAGGAUUUUUAAUUACUAUUUAUUUCACAUAAGAUGCUAAGGUUCGUGCAACAAAAUUAU